GCUGUUGCAGCCACGACAGCGGCUGGAAAGGACAGCAGGCCGCACAGACCCAGGACAGCCGCACCGUGCAGCACCACACCAGAACAGGAUUAAUGAGUGAAAUGUGGAGACACACACCUCACUCACGACCUGGAGAAUAUUUGAGUUGUUGAGGAGUGAACCAGAAAGAGGGGUUGCAACAGUGAAUCAGCACAUUUUUCGCUUAAAGAAAAGAUGGAGCUGCCACCUCGGCCUACACUGUUUGACUUCCAUGGAGUCUCCAUGACCAAAUACUUCACUGACAACUGGGACAACAUACAGAACUUUAAAGCGAGACCAGAUGAUAUUCUCAUAGCUACUUACCCUAAAGCAGGAACCACAUGGGUCUCUUACAUCCUGGAUCUGCUGUAUUUUGGGCAGAUGUGUCCAGAGCAUCAGGCGUCUAGUCCUAUUCAUCAGAGAGUGCCAUUCCUGGAGAUCAGCGUACCUGGUCUACAAUCAGGAAAAGACUUGGCAGACCAGCUCCCCACCACACCUCGUCUCAUUAAAACUCAUCUACCAGUCCAGUUUGUGCCAAAGUCCUUCUGGGAGCAGAACAACAAGAUAGUCUAUGUGGCCCGUAAUGCCAAGGACUGUGCAGUGUCCUAUUACCACUUUGGCCGCAUGAACAGUCUCCAGCCAGAACCAGGAGACUGGAGCACAUUUCUACAGGAUUUCAUGGAGGGAAAGAUGGUGUUUGGACCGUGGUAUGACCAUGUGAACAACUGGUGGGAGAAGAAACAGACUCACACAAAACUUCAUUAUAUGUUCUAUGAAGAUCUGAUUGAGGACUCUGGACGAGAGAUAGACAGACUCUGUUCCUUCCUUGGUUUGUCUCCCUCAGCUGAGGAGAAGGAAAGAGUCAUGACUGGAGUGAAGUUUGACACCAUGAAAGAAAACAAAAUGAACAACUAUUCCACUGUUGAAUUUAUGAAUCACAAGGUGUCUCCUUUCAUGAGAAAAGGGAAAGUUGGUGACUGGAAAAACCAUUUCACUGUGGCCCAGAAUGAACUGUUUGAUGAGGACUACAAGCAGAAAAUGAAGAAUCCGACACUGCAAUUUCGUACUAACGUUUAGUGCAAAAAAGUGCAUAAUGAAGUCCUGAAAUGAUAAGCGAUUAAUAAGAUAAUAAUGUUGAUGCCACUGAGUCAGAUGUAAAAUUUGAUUGACAGGAAUAUUACCUAAUCAGUGUGGAGUAUUUCUCAUUUUAGUAAUGCUGACUGAUGAUAAUCAGACUUUUUUUAUACAUUUGACUGACAUUAAAUGGGAUAUUACUAUAUUUGGGAAUUACAUUACUGCAUUACAUGACAUUGAUUUGAGGAAAUCAGUUGGACUAAAGUGUAUUUACUUUAUUGUUAUUUAUUAUUAUUUUUAUUUUUAUAUAUCUUCAUUGACUGCUCUUUACUGAGGCCAUCCAGUAAAAGAGUUCAAAUUAGAUAAAUUUCGCAGCGAGUCCCAUCGGGGGCACAAGAGAACUUGGAUAUCGUCUUCUGUGUUGACUUCAUUGCCUCAGUGUUGCAGAUCAUGUCGACCAGUCAACAUAAAAACAGCAUUUACAGAAAUAUCAAUAAGUAAAUGAAUCCUAACACUACCAUCAGUAGCAGACUGUGCACAAAGUUAAAAUCUAAAUAGUAAGAAAUAAUUAUUAUUAAGCCUUAUUUAUUCGGAAAAUCUCACUGAGAUCAAAAUCUUUUUUGCGAGAGAGACUUGAAAACAGGUUAAAUAUACACAGGAUCACAAUAAGAUAAUUUACAUCACAAUCACAAAAGAAUCAUCAUACACACUCACAGACACACUACUUAAAACAAUCACAAUCACAUUGCAACUAAACACUGGAACUCACUUCCCGUGCACAUCAAGGAAAUUCUUACACAUCACACUUUCACAGGCCGGCUGAAGAUGUGGCUCAUUGAAAUCAUUGAUCAGUUGUUUUCUGUGAUUUAUCUUUUUCCAUUUUGCUGACUCUUUCUUUCUUGCUCUCAUAUGUUGUGUUUAUAAAAAUCUUAUCUUUUUGUUUUCUAACAUAUGUGAUUUUAGUUUUAGGAUGCCUUUUAAUAUCUGACCAGGAACAACAGAUGAAAAUUUUGUCUUUUAGGCUAACUUUGGCUCAUUAACAUAUAUAUGUAUAUAUAUAUAUAUAUAUACGU